AUGAGCAUCGCGUUUCGUGGAGGUGAAGAGGAGUCUAGCGAAGCCGGUAGCUCUUCUUUCAAGAUCACCCAGCAUGUGUGUCCGCCACUGCUGCCUGGCAAGUUCGAUGAGGGCAGUCAGGUGCUGCCGCAGGGCAGGAAGCCGCAGACUGACAGCGCUGGCGAGUGUGGGCAGGCGCUACAGCCGUCUGACAGAAUGCCGCCAACCGACGGCCCUGGCGAGAGCAGCCAGACGCCACAGUCACCCUGCAAGAGGACGCAGACGGAAAGCACCGGCUCGCAGCUGAUCACGGCUACCCGGCGGCUUGAGUCGGACACGAGCGCCAGCGACCCGCUCUGCAUUGGUCUGCCGAACUACGGCAACUCGUGCUAUCAAAACGCCACGCUUCAAUCUCUGCUGGGCCUGACUCCGUUCCUGAGCGACAUGCUGUCGCUGAUUUCCGACCUGAGCCCAGGGGAGAACAGCCUCUGCCGCACACUGCAUGGUGUCGCGGAGUUGAUGGUGCUCCGUCAGAAGGGGCUCAGCAGAUCAGUCUCCAGCCAUCUUAACGACCUUCGCGACGUGUUCGCCGACAUCGAUCCGGCGUUCCGAGGCAUCGAGAUGCAGGACGCCAACGAGUUCUUGCUGCGCCUGCUAGACACCAUGAAGGAAGAAAUCGACGCGCGGCGGCCGACCGAUAACCUUGUGCGAGACAACUUUCAGUAUCAGACCGUCGAGAGCUACAUGUGCACCAAGUGCCAUGAAACGGUGCUGAAACAGCAAGAGAACAUAUGCUGGUUUGUCAGCGUGCCGCGCCGCCAGGGCACAGAGACGCCCACGCUGCAGGACGCGCUGCGGCUGUGCAUGCGGCCUGACCGGCGUGAGCUGCUCUGUCAGCACUGCCGCCAUGACGAGUGCCGCGUCACCACCAAAAUCAGCCAGCUGCCCAGGACGCUGAUAGUCCAGCUUAACCGGUACGUCUUCCUUGGGGAGGAAUCGAAGAAAAUCUGCUCCAACGUCGGCAUUCCCAAGCUCCUUUCGCUGAACGAGCAUGUCGCGGACGACGUCACCCGGCCCCCAGAGUGGAAGUGCACAAAGCCUGCCCUGUGCAUCCUAUCCGACUUCAAAGAGUCUGAGGCGCCCAGCUCGAGUCCGUCGCCGCCGCCCGCCGCCCGUGGACUGUCACCAGUGCCGGCCACCGCCGGCUUGCCGGAGUCCGCCGCCGCCGACUCGCCGGUGUCGGCCGGAGCCGCGGCACCGGUGCGUCCCCCGUCACCGGCGACCGGUGCCGAGCCGCCGCAGCCGCCGCCAGCGCAGGCCGAGCUGGUGGUGCUGGACGCCGACUCCAAGUUCAAACCGGCGCGGACCUGCGAGAGCAAAGACCGCGAGCUCCAGGAAGCCAUCAUGAGGUCGCUGGAGGGAGCGCCGGCCGACGCCUCGGAGCAGGCACACCUAUCGGAGCUCUGCGUGGAAGACGGCCAGUCUCCCCGCUCAGCGGACCUGGCCGGCGACUUUACCUACCGGCUGGUGGGCGUCGUCAGCCACUACGGCAGCGCCACGCACUCUGGGCACUACGUGUCGGAUGUGUACAGCGUCGGCAGGGACAGGUGGUUCCACUACGACGAUCGGCGCGUCAGCUGUGUGGACGAGGCCGACGUUCUGGGCGAGGCCGGACACCAGAGGAACGGCUACAUCUUCUUCUACCUGCACAAAGACCUUUGCGACCAAGUGGUCAGUGUGGAGGAAGCCGGCGGGGCGCUGUGA